CGUUUCGAAGCCGUCCAGGGCAAUCGAGGUUGGCGCUAGUGCCAACCAAUCUCUUCACCACGAAGCCCUUUACCUCUCUCACCUUCGCUUCUAUCUCCCCUCACUUCGCACCCCGCGCAGCAAGCUCUGCAGCUCUUGGACAAGUUCCAUCAUCCUCCCGCUUCGGCCUGGUCGUCUUUGUUCAACGUCGCAACUACGCCAAGUCAAGAAAGAAGAUGCCUCCUAAGAAGAAGGUUGUCGAGGAGAAGAUCCCGCUGGGCAGGCCCGGUAACAGCUUGAAGAGUGGUAUUGUCGGUCUGGCCAACGUCGGCAAAUCCACCCUCUUCCAGGCCAUCACCAAGUGCAACCUUGGUAACCCAGCUAACUUCCCUUAUGCCACAAUCGACCCCGAGGAAGCUCGUGUCAUCGUUCCCGAUGACCGAUUCGACUGGCUAGUCGAGAAGUACAAGCCCAAGUCGGUUGUCCCCGCCAACUUGACCGUCUACGAUAUUGCCGGUCUGACCCGCGGCUCAUCCACCGGCGCUGGUCUUGGAAACGCUUUCCUGUCUCACAUUCGUGCUGUCGAUGCCAUCUUCCAGGUGGUUCGUUGCUUCGACGAUGCCGAGAUUAUUCACAUUGAGGGUGACGUGAACCCCACUCGUGAUCUCGACAUCAUCAGUGAGGAGCUGCGACUCAAGGAUAUUGAGUUCGUCGAGAAGGCCCUCGAGAACCAGAAGAAGAAGACCCGUAUGGGUGGUCAGAGUCUGGAGCAGAAGAAGGCCCGUCAAGAGCAGGAGAUCAUUGAGAAUAUCCUGGCUUGGCUCAACGAUGGCAAGGAUGUCCGCAAGGGCAACUGGGGACCCAAGGAGGUCGAGGUCAUCAACCCUCUUUUCCUCCUGACGGCCAAGCCCGUUGUCUACCUCGUCAACUUGUCUGAGAAGGACUUUAUCCGAAAGAAGAACAAGCAUCUUCCCAAGAUUGUCGAGUGGAUCAACGAGAACGCCAAGGGCGAUCCUCUUAUCCCCAUCUCCGUGUCCUACGAGUCUCGUCUCACCCAGUUCGAGACUGAGGCCGAGGCCAAGGAGGAGCAGAAGAACGUUGGCGCCGACUCGGCUCUGCCCAAGGUUAUUCUCCAGAUGCGCAAGUCCCUGCAGCUGGGAAGCUUCUUCACUGUCGGACCUGAUGAAGUCCGAGCGUGGACCAUCCGCAAUGGCACCAAGGCCCCUCAGGCUGCUGGUGUCAUCCACAAUGACUUCGAGAAGACCUUCAUCCAGGCUCUCGUCUUCAACUACAACACCCUCAAGGAGCUCGGUGACGAGUCCGAGGUCAAGGCCAAGGGCAAGGUCAUGACCAAGGGUAAGGAGUAUGUCGUGGAGGAUGGUGACAUUCUUCACAUCAAGGCUGGUGCCGCCAAGGGUUAAAUGAACAACACCCUGCCACUGGUCGUAUUUAAUUCUAUAGACAAAAGUUGAAUGCAACGAUGUGAUGAAGUCAA